AUGUCGUCCGACGAGAUUGUUUGGCAGGUUAUCAACCAGCAAUUCUGCGCCUAUAAGCUCAAAACCACUAAGAACCAAAACUUCUGCCGAAAUGAAUACAACGUUAGCGGACUCUGCAACCGGCAAUCGUGCCCGCUCGCCAACUCGCGGUAUGCCACGAUCCGGUCGGACCCCGAAACAGGCGCGAUGUACCUGUACAUGAAGACGGUGGAACGGGCGCACAUGCCCAGCAAAUGGUGGGAGCGGAUACGACUGUCGUCGAACUACGCGAAGGCGCUGGAGCAGUUGGACGAGCGGCUGAUCUACUGGCCGAAGUUCCUGGUGCACAAGUGCAAGCAGCGUCUGACGCGGCUGACGCAGGUUGCGAUUCGGAUGAAGAAGUUGGCUAAGGAAGAUGAGAGGCUGGGUGAGAAGGUGGUGACGAAGUUGGCGCCGAAGAUUCGGCGGAGAGAGGAGGCCAGGGAACGCAAGGCAGAGAGUGCGGCGAAGAUUGAGAGGGCAAUUGAGAGGGAGCUGAUUGAGCGGUUGAGGAGUGGUGCUUACGGAGAUCGGCCGUUGAAUGUUGAGGAGGGCAUUUGGAAGAAGGUGUUGCGUGGGUUGGAGAGGAGCGGAGAGGGUGAGAGGGAUGAGGAUCUGGAUGAUGGGGAGGAGAUUGAGUUUGAGGAUGAGGAGGAGGAAGAGGAGGGUGUUGGUCAGGUUGAGUAUGUUAGUGAUAUUGAUGAGGAUGAAGAGGAUUUGGAGGAUAUCGAGGAUUGGAUUGGUGAGGGGUCUGGCGACUCGAGUGACGAUUAUGAUGAUGAGAGUGAUGAGGAUGAGGACAGUGAUGAGGAUGAGGAUGACAGCAACCACUCUGAUGAGGAGGCGAAGAAGCCUGCGCCUGGCUUCAAGCGGAAGCGUCCUGCUCCCCAGAUUAAGCCGAGGAAGAAGGGCCCCCGUGUUGAGAUCGAGUAUGAGACUGAGGGUGCUGGCAAGGAGAGCAUCCUGGCUUGA